GGAGAAGGGAGGUGCCGCCGUCACCGGGAGGACACGGGGAGCAGGAGGCCAGGCGCCGGGUGGACGGGCCCAGACCUGCGUGCAUAUGUGUGUGGGAGAGCGAGUAUGUGCACAUAUGUGGGAGGGUAUGUACAUGUGUGUGGGAGAGGGAGUAUGUGCACGUGUGUGGGAGGGCGUGAGAGCACGUGUGUGGGAGGGCAUGUGCAUGUAUGUGGGAGAGGGUGUGUGUGCACGUGUGGGGGGAGAACGAGCAUGUGCACGUGUGCGGGAAGGGUGGGUGCAUGUGUAUGGGAGGGUAUAGGUGCAUGUGUGGGAGGGCACAUGCACGUGUGUGGGAGCGUGAGGAGUGCACACGAGUGUGGGAGGGCUCUCGGGAGCGACCAGGCAGGUCAGGCCCCAGUGCAUGCCGGUCUCCGGCCCGGGGCCUCCCUGUCCUGCCAGUCCGGCUUUGCUCAGGCCUGCACGGACCCGGCUGCCCACUCACGGUCUGGGUGCCAGACACCAGCCCAGCUGUCACCUGGCCAGGGGCAGUGCCGCAUGAGCCCCCGAGGGGGAGUGCGCCAGGAGGAAGCCGGGGGACGUGUCCAUCACCCCCUCUGGGGGAGGGACCCGAGAACCGAGACUCUCCGGGGACAUCCACGCAGCCAAGGCCUUCGUAUGCAAGACCCCCUUCCACAGACCAGCCAUCCUCACUCAGUGCUUAAAGCACGAAGGGGGGGGGGGUCCCCCUCCAUGGGCUGCAGGGACGGGGCCUGGAGAGUGGGCGGGGCCUGGAGGGUGUGGGUGGGGCCUGGCACCAGGGGGCAGGGCCUGGAGACCGGGGUUGUGGAACCGAUCAUAAGAGCUGAGACAGCCCCUCAAGGCUGCAACUGCCCUUUGGACCAGGCACGACUCCCUGGUCCUGCUGGUCUCCGUGGACAGAGGCCUGGCCUGUCCAUUUCGGGCAUCGGGACUGGGCAGCAGGCCCAUGACAGCCAGCACGCUGUCACCUGUGCAUGGGAAAGCGCCAUUCCACACGGCCUGAGCUGUCCUGCUGAGGGGCCAGCACCCAGCAGGGGGCCGGGCACCUCUGCGGCAGGAAAGGCCAGGACUACGGUUCCCGGGAGACAGGCAGCCCCGCCACCCAGGGCGCUGGAGGAGAAGCCCCAGGCCACAGACACCGGCGGGUGCCGCCCCACUGAGCUUGAGAACCGCAUCCGACAUCCUAGUCAGCAACCAGUUCUCCAGAGAAAGGGAACAGUGACUGGAGCAGCAGAAACAGAUUCCAUCCCACAAGAGCCAAAUCCCCAGAAAAUAAGAGUCUGGAAAACAUUUUCCAGACCACGGGUGACAAACACUGCCCGUAAUGCAGUGAUGUCAAGGACAGAAACAGGAGUUUCGCAGAACUAUUUUCAAACCUCGCACACGGUUGCAUUCCUUUCCACAGCCAGGUCCUUGGCCCGAAUCCCAGGGCUAAAGCUGCUCCUGACUGACUGUGAGGGGCUGGGAGUGAUACAACAGUGACACGACUCCACAGAGCACAAUGGCAGGAGUCGCUCCGCUGUGAGAGACACACACACACACACAGAGCACAGUGGUGGGAGUCGCACCACUGUGAGAGACACACACCCACAGAGCACAGAGGCGGGAGUCGCACCACUGUGAGAGACACACACCCACAGAGCACAGAGGCUGUGAGAAACAUAUGCCCACAGAGCACAGAGGCGGGAGUCGCCCCACUGUGAGAGACACAAGCCUACAGAGCAUGGAGGUGGGAGUUGCCCUGCUGUGAGAGACACGCCCACAGAGCAGAGAGGCGGGAGUCGUACCACUGUGAGAGACACACGCCCACAGAGUACACUCAGCAGGAAUCACCUAGUUGUGAGAGACACAUGCCCACCGAGCACAGAGGCGGGAGUCGGCUGACUCUCUAACCAUCUGAUGUCCAUCUCAUUUAAAACUGCCAGUCUCUGGAGAACAGUUUUACCCUGUGCCUGGCAAACAACUGCCCAGAGAUCUGUGGCUUCCUGCUGAUGGGCACCACUCAGCUACGGCACCCACAGGUGACAGCGAGCAGGAGUGGAAAGCCCUGCGAUAAGAGUCUCAGCCUUGAUCAGGGUGUGAGGUGAGAGGACACAGCGCUGCUCAGGCCAUCCACUGCUUGUGGCACGAACCGACCUCUCAAGGGUGAGGGUGACUAUGUGUCUGUAUGCAAGGCCCACCAUUCAGGAUGUCAGUGUGAAGAACCUCCAGGCGGAGUGUGCGUGUGGAGAACCUGCAGGCAGCGUGUGCGUGUGGAGAACCUGCAGGCGGCGUGUGUGUGGAGAACCUGCAGGCGGUGUGUGCGUGUGAAGAACCUGCAGGCGGAGUGUGCGUGUGAAGAACCUCCAGGCGGCGUGUAUGUAAGAACCUCCAGUCAUGAUGUGUGUGUGAAGAACCUGCAGGCGGCGUGUGCGUGUGGAGAACCUGCAGGCGGCGUGUGCGUGUGGAGAACCUGCAGGCGGCAUGUACGUGUGAAGAGCCCCCAGUCUUGGUGUGCGUGUGAAGAGCCUCCAGUCAGGUGUGUGUGUGAAGAGCCUCCAGUCAGGUGUGUGUGUGAAGAGCCUCCAGUCAGGUGUGCGUGUGAAGAGCCCCCAGUCAAGUGUGCGUGUGAAGAGCCUCCAGUCAGGUGUGCGUGUGAAGAGCCCCCAGUCAGGUGUGCGUGUGAAGAGCCCCCAGUCGUGGCGUGCGUGUGUGUGCAAGGCCCAUCCACUAAAACGACCACUUGAAUGGGACAGAGACAGCACAAGGGUGAACGCGCUGGCCUUGCACACGGCCAACCCGGAAUCCUACCACUGUGCCCGUAUGGUCCCCCAGGCCUGACGGUAGUAACGCCUGAGCACAGAAACAUGAGUAACUCCUGAGCACCGAUGGGUGUGACCCCCAGGAAGUCCCAAUGAUCACGUUGGCGGUCCCUACAAAAGCAGAGGAACAGCGCCCAGGACCCAUCAGCGACAAAGCUGGGUGAGCCCAGUGAUUUCAAAUGAGGAACAGGUUAGAGGUGCCAUUUUUUAAGAAUGGAAAGAAGACCCUGCACGCGCAUUCCCUCCAGGACACCUGAGACUGUCUGUGCGAGGCCCGCACUCCCAGACUCUGAUGUGGUCACCAGAAGCAUCUUACUGCAAACAGAAGCGUCUGUCUGGGAGUGGCCGCACGUGCGGUCUGCUGCGUGGUCCGAGCCCUCCUGCCCAGGCUCCCUGCCUGCUCCGGGGACAGCACCGGGGGCUCCCGGCGGGGCGACACUCCCUGACGGCGUCCUGCCUCUGGCCUCAGUGGGCUGCUGAGGCCUGGCACACGGCAGGCGCGUGCUCACUGCGCUGAGCUGCCACGGGGACCGCGCAGGGGGGGCCUGGCCCUCAGCACCGCAGCACUGUAGGUGGGGUGCAGAAGGGGGAGGGGCGGGGGCCAGAGGGCUCUCAGUUGGCCCUGACCUCCUUCCUGUCCUUGGCUACAAGGCCAACAAGGUCCCCACGGGCGUCCACGCCGCGGGGCAGGGGACCGGCAGGAGGGAGCUCUGGGCGGCAGGGCAGCAGUGGGCACCGGGGAGGACGUG